CAUACCACGUGUAUGACAUUUUAUUCCACCAUGAUUCAACCCGUAUAUAACGCACAAAACUAGCGGGCUGAAUGGAUUUGCUAUCAUGACUGUUGGCGCGGGAUCAAAGAAUCGGGUUAUCCACAGUACGCACUCGCACAAUCGCCUCAAAAGCAAUCGUUGCUCGAGAAUACCGAGAUUUGGAGUCGUUAUUUCAUCGAAUCAACAAGAGGAUUUGCUGCAGUUUUCACCCAAUGACAGUGUGUGUCCCUGUUAAAGUGGACUGCUGAGUUAGCGGUGAUAACCCAAACCUUUGUAUUUAUUGAGCUGCAUUGCUGACCUGACCUUUUGGGACAUGAGUGUGGGUUGCAGCAGCAUAGAAAGUCUGGAAGAUGCAGCCGAGUAACGAAGAGCGCCUGAAUAUGCUCGAGGACAAAAAUGACACAAUGGAAGAGCGGCGGGGCAGCAACGUCAGUGACUCGUCGGAGAGUGCUUACAGCAGCAAUGGCAUCUCCCCCAACCUGCCCAACCACCACGAGCGGAAGGAGUCGGUGCGGUCCUACCGGCUGCGCCGUAAGCUGCGGCACCGCAAGCAGAUGCAGCGACUGGUCAGCAAGGAUGGCGUCUGCAACGUGGCCCACAAGCGUGUCAAGAACUUGGGCAAGCGCCUCAUCGCUGACAUCUUCACCACGUUGAUUGACCUGCGGUGGCGCUACAACCUGAGCGUCUUCACGCUGGCAUACGUCCUCAGCUGGUUCCUCUUUGGCAUAGUGUGGGUGAUCAUUGCUGUGGCUCACGGGGACAUGUACUAUCAGAGUCGUAACAUCACGGAUCCAGCUUGGCAACCAUGUGUAGACAAUGUUGAUUCUUUCACUUCGUCCUUUCUGUUCUCGGUGGAAACACAAACAACUAUUGGGUAUGGUGUAAGGAGUGUGACCGAAGCCUGCCCUCAUGCUAUUCUCGUUGUCGUCAUUCAGUCCGUAGUAAGUUGCUUGAUAGACGCUGUGAUGAUUGGUUGUAUAUUUGCCAAGAUAGCUCGCCCAAAGAAGCGAGCAGCGACACUCAAAUUCAGUAAAAAUGCUGUGAUUGCUCAACGCGAUGGAAGGUUCUGCUUUAUGUUUCGCGUGGGUGACAUUCGAGACUCCCACCUUUUUGAAGCGCAUUUGCGGGCGUACCUCAUCAAACCGCGAGUGACUGCUGAAGGGGAGAUCAUUCCACUGCACAGUUUCAACAUGGAUUUAGAUUUUGACACUGGAGAGGACAGGAUAUUUCUAGUAUGGCCUCUCAUUAUAUGCCAUGAAAUCGACGAAGACAGCCCGUUAUACGAAUACUCUGCCAAGGGGCUUGAGAAUGCUGACUUUGAGAUUGUAGUAAUCUUGGAAGGCAUCGUGGAGCAGACUGGCCUCACCACACAAGCCCGGACCUCCUACCUGCCCUCGGAGAUAAUGUGGGGUUACCGCUUCGCCAGCUCUGUGGUCUUCUUGAAGAGCGAAAAUGACAAGCAGUAUGACAUUGACUACUCCAAGUUUGACCAGAUUUACCACGCACCUGAAACGCCACGCCUUAGUCCAAAGGAGAACGAUAUGAGGAAGAGACGGGCUGCCUCCAUCUCGGAAUCACCCAUGGACCCUCUGGAUUCCCUCCGAGACUACAUCCUGAAAGUCAUGAGAGAGGCUAAAAUUGACGAUGCUGACAAGGACCAGGAUACGGACCUGCGGAACCGGAUAUACAACAAGAGAUUGGAAGCUCUGACAUCUCGCGACAAAACGCGGUUCAAGAGUCGCAGCAGUGAGCACCUGUCAGUGAACCGGGUAAAGAAUGCCUUCCCCCUUGUUGCGGCCAAAAGCGAGUCCAUUGAUAAAAUGACGAUCAACACUGAUGACACGGCUUAUCGGCGGAACUCCGGCCAGAACUCUAGUGACGGAAAUGUCAGUCCGCUUUCCAGAGAGUCUCACGUAUGACACAGUAGGUUCAGGACAAGUUCAGACGCUGGUUGUUGUCAUACCAGAGGAGACAGACAUUCUGGAUGGCACCGGCACUCUCUCUUGGGAUAGCCUGUCCUUUUGCCUGCCAGAGUUCGGGGCUUUGGAGACGGCACUACCCUACAUGGCUUGUCAUUCUGCCCCGGGGGACAUCCGAAAGACUUGUAAAAUAUGCCACGGUGGUGGACCGAGAGUGAUCACUCCACCUGACUUUUCUCGUAAAUUUUGAUAAGUCUGAGGAGUUAAAGCGUUUCAUUGCAACAGAGGGAAUCCAUGAGAAUCUAGCUUUCACAUCUUAACCCAGGUGUGGCCAUGUGUAUCGCUUUUGAUUAUUGCCUUAAUGUGGACAGAUGUGAGGCAAAGUGGACAUUUGUUUGGAGCUUAAAUCAUGCUUGUAAAGAUGCCCCUUCAUUGUUACCGUUCCUGUUUUAGAAUUGCAAUGUUUACUGUUAAGUCAUGAGAUCCCCAUGUAGUGCUACCCAUAAAUGGGUGGUGUGUACAUGUAAGUUCCCGAAGUGCUGUGCCAACUUGCUAAGCACCUGUGCCAAGCGUGAAUUUGCAAAGCCCUGAUAGCCAGCUAAAAUGUGAUUUGAUACAUGGAUGAGACGUGACUUUUUCAGUCAGUCGAUUUUCACAAAAGCCUUUAUAUUCACUGAACAAUAUUCACCUUUAUGUAUUGCUGCAAUGUUGUUAUGUACCGCAGCAACAUUGUCCGAUUUGGCCUGGGUUUGGCACUGUACCAGGGAAUGGGUAACGGCAGAAGGUUCCACCUGCUGAUACCAGACACACCAGUGAUUUUGCAUAAACAGCAGCUGUGCAAAGUAGAAAACCCGACUCUCCCAAAGACUGAAGAGCCUCAUAAAUGUUGGACUCUUGUGUGGACAAAUACGCGUCCGUGUACUUGCCGAGCAAAUUUUCCUGCAUGUGUGUAAAUUAUUGACAUCAACUCCAAAGAGAUAUUUAAGCAAGUUCUCAUGUCAUUAGUAGAAGUAUGGAUUAAUAAUUCUGAUAAUAAUUAGAACCUAUAAAAAAAAAUGAAACUAAUCUCAGUGCUAGUAAUGAUCUCAGUAGGUAUAUUUUUGAGUUUUUCUGAAUAAUGGACAAGUUACAUAUAUACCAGGAUUUGAGUCUCCCUCAGCUGUCUGAUUUCAGGCUUUUUUCCCCAUUACUGGCACCAUGUAUUGGUUUGAACUUUUCUAUUUUACCUGAACUUUCUAGGAAAAAUGUCAGCACCUAUGUUCAUGACAUAAUUGAUGUGUAAUCCUAGGCAUGGGAAAGGGAAAUUGGAGGACACAGGUAAUUUUUUUUAUUAUGUACAGCACAUGUUAAAAAAAAAAGGUCAUUUGGGCACAUGAGAGAUGUCAAGUUUGAACAAAAUUGGCCUUUCUAGAGAAACGCUGUCAAAAGUGUGGUAAUUCUUGUUAAUUAUCAAUUCAAAGUUAAGGUUUAAAAUGGAAUGGAUUGCCAACAGUGCUUCUGACUGCAUCCUGAGAAUGAACAUCUGGGCAGUGAUAUUGUGUUCUGGCAUCAAAUGCAGGAGUUGCUGGUCAUUGCUGUGUGUUGCUUGAUAACGAUAUCGGCCGCCGACAGUAAUCCCUUUAAUGGGAAGUAUUUGGCCAUUUGAACUCAUGCGUACGUAACCCACCCAGCUUUUUUUAAUCUCGCUAAAACCGUCACAACUUUAACCCUCUGUUGUCUGCUUUCCAAUUACCACAAUUUCUAAAUUGGUGCUCCAAAAUACUUUCCCCUUACCUAAAUUACCAGUAAUGUGGAGACAUGUCUACAGAGUGAAUUGUUGUUUAUGGGUAAUUCCAGAAAUUAGGGGUCCAAAAGUGUGACAUUUUUGUGUCCCUGUUAAAUCUGACUUUGGUUA